UUUAAUUAUUAAUUUUUGCUGCUUUUGUCGCCUGAAGCGUAAACCCUAAAUAAAUCACUAAUCUUGGAUUCUUCUCCUUUGGAUCAAAGGUAUGAACUCGGAACCUCUCUCUCGCGUUUUUUUAUUUCAUUAUUUGAUAAUCGAACCAGUUACUUCAACUUGAAUUUUGAAGCUCUAGAUUUCUCUUAUAGAUGAACGAAGAAAGAAAAUCCCUUGUCAUCUGCUGCAUCAACUUUUUUUUUUGUUUUGUUUUGGUUCUGUAUAUCCUUUAGUGGUAGGUAUCAGUAAGUUUGGUGGAAUAUUGAAUUGGAAAACGGGUUUGGUCUGGUUUCUAGAGUUAUUGUGUACUUUGGAUUUAUGCUAAGUGUUGUUGUUGUCUUAAAGCCAACUUAGUCUUGAAUGUGUCUGAAGUCUAAACCAAAUUACGUGUUAGAUAACUGGGUUUGUGGUAUUCCUUGUCUUGACAGAUUUCUUUAGCUUCUUCUUCUAUUUAUUUAGGCUUCUUAAAUGGCAUCUGGAGAUAGUGUAUCCCAAGAAACCCCCAUUGAUGCUUCUCAGGAGCAACAUGAAACAGUUGAUGAGAUGCUUGCUCGCCACAGGCAAGAGAUUAAACAACUUCAGAACAAAGAGACAGAGAUGAAGAAGGUAGCCGCAAAAGGUAGCAAAGCUGAACAAAAAGCUAAGAAGAAGCAAGUCGAAGAAGACGUUUCCAAACUUUCCUCAAAGCUCAAGGAGAAACAGUUGAAAGAACUCGCCUCUCAAGGUUUUAGCAGCAGCAGCAGCACCGUUGCCAAGGACCAAACGAAUGAGAAAAAAGGAGACAUCGACACGUUAGUCAGAGCUAUAGCUGGAGUCUCAGUCACUGCUCAACAAGAGCACUCAAAGCCCAGCAAGAGCGUGAAGAGGCGCGAGAAACGGGCUAAGGAAGAAGCAGAUAGAGAGCAGAGAAUCAAAGAGGAGCAAAGCCAAGUGACAAGUGAUCGUGUGGUCGAGAACGCAAAGCUUGAGAAGAAGCUUAAACCAUUGGGAUUAACAAUCAAUGAGAUAAAACCAGACGGACAUUGCCUUUACCGGGCUGUUGAGAAUCAGCUUGCCAAUCGCUCAGGCGGUGCAUCUCCUUACACAUACCAGAACCUAAGAGAAAUGGCUGCUUCGUACAUGAGAGAGCACAAAACCGAUUUUCUCCCGUUUUUCUUGUCAGAGACUGAGGGCGACUCCAACAGUGGAUCUGCAGAAGAGCGGUUUGAGAAAUACUGCAGAGAAGUCGAGUCAACCGCGGCUUGGGGCAGUCAAUUGGAGCUUGGAGCGUUAACACAUUGCUUGAGGAAACACAUAAAGGUGUAUUCUGGGUCGUUUCCAGACGUUGAAAUGGGCAAAGAGUAUAAAUCCGGCGAUGACUCGAGUCUCUUGUUAUCGUAUCACCGACAUGCUUUUGGGCUCGGGGAGCAUUAUAACUCCGUGGUGCUCGUCCACAACAUCACCGGAUGAUGAACUUUAUCUCAAGCUAUAAGAAAAGUACUUUUGUAUCAAAAGUUUACUGAAAAUCUUUCUUCUUUAAUGUUUGUUGGAUUUGAGAGAGAACCAAUCUGUAACUUCAGUUUUUGAUUUGGUUACAAGGCGAAGCAUAAUCUAUUUCUACACA